AUGCCACCUGCGCCCGUGGGCCACAGUGCCUCGGUCGGCCGGCGGCUGCCUAUUGGCCGUGGCGGGCUUCUUUGUCCCCCGAGCCCUUCGUACUUCGCGUCUUUUGCUUCUUUGCUCGGGCGCGCAUGGAAUGGAAUGAAUUCCGACACGCGGAAUGCGCGGCCACAGCAGCAGCCCUACAUGAUACAGACGUCGAGGCUCUCGGCCCCAGGUGGGUUCCUACGGCGGCGGCGGCUCUCGUGGCACGCAGCACGCACCGCCCCUUUGGGCUCGCGUAAUUACCACGUCCACGUCCAACGCAGUAGUCGCCCAAUUUUACAUGCACCAGCUAUUGCCCAAAAGAUGCAGGCGGAGGAUUGCGGGCCAUUUAGCCAGGCCUGUUGGCAGGAGCAGCAACAGGCGCGGGGCCCUGAGUAUGGGCGCGCGCGCGCACGCAUCCAGCAGCGCGGCGGAGGAGGACGGACGGGCCUCUUUUUGUCUCGUCUGGUGACAGGCUGCUGGCGGCGGGCAAGCGAUGACGGGCGGGGCGCUAUUUUUGGGUGGCCGCCGAUAUUGGACCCCAGUCCCGCCAGCCUUUAG